GCACCACAGAUACAGCCAGACUGGUAAGGGAAGUGGGAGACAGGGCGCUGGCUAACACCACAGUCUGGGCAGAACACGACUGGAUCAAGAGAACCUGGCUUACUGAAGACAUGAGCAUGCAUGAGCAGUUUCUUCUAUCCUUCCCCUGCAUUAACUCAUUCAGUGCCCAGGUGAUGCUGACAGCUGCACCCCUGUACCAGCUGCUGACCUGUCCCAUGCAGGAACUGGUCACCCUGUGUCCAUGGAUACCUCAGAAGGUGCUACAGGCUUUCUAUCAAGUUGCCCACUGUGAGCCAGAUAUUAACACCAGGACAAACACACCCGUUUCCUCCCCACAACCACACAACGACUGUCCCCCUCUGGGGUCCAACCUGUCAGAGAACACCAUGAGCGCAGGUUGUAGCAAUGCUGAAAUGGUUGUGAGGAAACAAAAUGUCCAAACAUCUUUACAAGACCUAGAGAGCAGUAGUGUUGACAGGUAUGAGAUUCAGAACCCGCCACCAAAGUAUGGUGCCAAUGUAGCUGUUGCCCAGCCCUACCAGCAUCAACACAGUACAAGAGGUACCAACAGGCAGUAUAACUCCAGAGGGUUGCAGGCAACAAUGGUUGGAUACGGAGACCAAAGAGGAAAUCGCAGUGGGAAGGUAUGUAAAAAUGGAGGAACAGGUUUUGCAUAA